AUGCAUUUCUCUGGUUGCGGCUGCAAGGCGGAACAUGAGCUUGGCACCAGUGCGGCCUGUUUGCGCAGCCAGAUUGACUUGGACGGGGUGAGGGUAUUCAACAGCGACGCGAGCCCCGAGAGCGGCAACUUGGUCUUCAAACCGUACAACAGCCGUCUUUCCGAGGAGACUUUGCGGAGCGACCCGGCUUCCGACAACGAGCUGCUCUUCACACUCCGAUUUUACAACCCCAGCGACGUCGCACAACUUUUGGUGGUUAACGACACAACUCAAGUGCUGCACGUGCGCCUGUACGCCAACAGGCAGCACUUCGACUUCAGCGACGUGGAGGACGUGACUCCUACCCAGGAGCUGGACCUUCCGCCCGACGCGCAUGGCUCAUUCUUGCACAAGCUGUCGUUCACCAAGUUUAAGGACGUCUCAGACCUGGCUUUGCACUUCUCCGGGGAGGAGCCCAUCGAGCUGCGCUACAUUGGCCUUCGGGGCAAGUCGCGGGUGCAGCAGGCGAACGUGGUUGAUGCUAAGUAUGAGCUGGUGCCCACUGCGUCGUUCCAAGAAUCGCUUGCGGAGGUGAAAAACUUUAAGUACGUGUGA